AUGCAUUGCUACACUGUGACAGUUGCCACCGGUAACGACUUGUUUUCUGGCACGGAUGCUUGCAUUUACCUCACCUUGGUAGGAACAGAGAGAUGCAGCGAGAAAACUUUAUUGAACAAAUUUUUCCGUAAUGAUUUUGAAAGAGGGGCGGUGGACGGGUUUGACAUUGAAGUGGCUGAGGACCUCGGCGAAAUCGAGCUGGUGAAGAUUGAGAACAGGAAGUACAUUGUGAAAAAUGACUGGUACUGCAGGUACAUCAAAGUGAAGACCCCAAGCGGAGAGACUUUGGAGUUCCCCUGUUACAGAUGGGUGGUCAAUGACCAGGAAGUGGUCCUCAGAGAUGGCCGGGCACGUUUGCCGCAAGACGACAAAACCAGCCUUUUGAAAGAACACAGACGCAAAGAGCUGGAAACCAGGAAGACGACGUACAGAUGGAGAGAGUGGCAACCAGGUUUUCCCAUGAGCAUAGAUGCCAAUGCCUACAAGGAGCUUCCAUUGGACAUCCAGUUUGACAGUAAGAAAGGAAUGGACUUCACCAUCAACUAUGUUAAGGCGAUUCAGAACCUCGGAUUGAACAAAUUCAUGGAAAAGUUCCAGAGCUCCUGGGAUGACUUUGAUGAUUUUAAGAAGAUAUUUGUGAAGAUGUCCAACACAGCCUCAGAGUACUUGAUGCAGCACUGGAAGGAGGACUUCGUGUUCGCAUACCAGUUUCUCAACGGCUGCAACCCUGUGAUGAUCCGAAAGUGCACCAAGCUGCCAGCCAAAUUCCCCGUCACCCAUGAGAUGGUGGAGUUCUGCUUGGAGCGACACCUCACUCUGGAAGAGGAGAUCAAGGCAGGAAACAUUUACAUUGUUGACUAUGAGAUCAUGGAAAAUAUCACACCCAACAGGACAGACCCAUCCACAUCUCAGUAUUUGGCUGCCCCAAUCUGCCUGCUGUACAAGAACACCAAGAACAAAAUCCAGCCAAUUGCUAUUCAGCUGGGACAAAAUCCUGGGGAGAAUAGUCCAAUUUUCCUCCCAAAUGAUGAGGAUUGUGACUGGACGCUGGCGAAGAUGUGGGUGCGAUCGUCCGACUUCAGUGUCCACCAGACCGUCACGCACCUCCUGCGCACUCACCUGAUCUCUGAGGUCUUUGGGAUAGCCUUGUUCCGCCAGCUUCCAGCUGUCCAUCCUGUGUACAAGCUGAUCAUACCCCAUAUCCGCUUCACCAUUGCCAUAAACACCAAAGGCAGGGACGAGCUUAUUGGGAAAAACAGCCUCUUUGACAAGGCCAAUGUAGUUGGUGGUGGAGGCCAUGUUGAGCUGGUGCAGAAGGCCAUGAAGACAUUCACAUACCAAUCGCUGGUAUUCCCAGAAGCCAUAAAAGCCAGUGGAAUGGAGGACCUUCCUGAUUACUUCUACAGAGACGAUGGAAAUAAGGUCUGGGAGGCCAUCAAAAGCUUUGUAGAAGACAUCGUGCACAUCUACUACAAGAGUGACAAUGUGGUUCAGGAGGAUGAGGAAAUCCAGGCCUUUGUCAAGGACGUGUGCAUGUUUGGGAUGCAGAACGGGGAUAACUCUGGGUUUCCCAAAUCUCUGAAGAAUCGUGAGCAGCUGAUUGAGUAUUUGACCAUCAUCAUUUUCACCGCCUCUGCACAGCAUGCAGCUGUCAACUUUGGCCAAUUUCAUUGGAACUCCUGGAUCCCCAAUUGCCCUUCCACCAUGCGGAAGCCCCCACCCACGAAGAAGGGCGUGGCGACGACCGCAUACAUCAUCGAGAGCCUGCCCGAUCGCGGCCGGACCUGCUGGCACCUGGGGGCUUCUUGGGCCCUAAGUCGGUUCCAGGAUAAUGAGCUGUUUCUGGGCAUGUACACAGACAAGCAUUUCGUUGAGAUGCCAGUGAAGGAGGCCAUGGAGAAGUACCGGAAGAAGCUGGCGGAGGUGGUCCGUUUGAUACAGGCCAGGAACAAGGGCAAGAAUCUGCCCUACUGCCUCCUGAGCCCCGACCGCAUCCCCAACAGCGUGGCUGUGUAGCAGGCUGCAAUUCUACAAUACUCUUUUCAAAGAAUAAAACAAAAAAAAUUGAUGAUUCUUUUCACCUUCAACUGGUUGAGAUCAGCAAAAAAAAAAAAUCAGUUAAGGGUAGCGCAAGCCAAUCUAUUGUCAGGGAUGUAAUUCACUAUUUGGCUGUUCUCAGCCAUAGGAGGCUUCAAAGCGCUCAGCCAGCAUAGCUUAGAAAUGAUACAGAGCAGGAACUGGGGGGGGCGGGGGUAUUGGAGGUGUGAGUGUGUCUACAUAAAAUAUGCAGCUUCUCUUUUAGUUAUAAUCAGUUUUGUAAUAGUUGGAAAUGGGCAUCUGAGUCCUACAUCUAGGUCUGGCGUUCUACAUUUCAUCUCUGUUCUGUUGGAAUAUUCUGCUGUCUUUUGGUUUUUGAAUUUUGGUCUUCGCACAUCAUUGGAUUACUCUGGGACAAAAACUGUGGUUUGGUAUCUGCUUUCAUUCAUUUCUUGUGUGACUGCCCAUGUCUGUAACCUUUAUUAAUUGUUUUAAUGUGGUUGAACCUCGUCUUUAGAUUAGACAUGAGUAUUUGUUGUAUCUUAAUAAAUUUCUUCAUUUUCA